GUUCGACUUUGGCGCAUGCAGCCGGGACACCCCUAGUAACCAACCACCGACUCCAUAGCAGCAGCUGCAUUUCAGUUUCACGUGACGGAAAUAUUUAGCUAAUACGGAAUAUUUUGCAAAUGUAAACGUUACUUAAUUAAUUUAUCUCGACGAAACGAUUAAUUGCAUUUUGUGUUUUUCUGUCAUUUUCGUAGAGAUAAUAAUGAUGAGGCGAGACCGAGAUCGCGACCGAGAUGAGCGGUCAAAGGACCGAGACAGGGACCGGGACCGGGACCGCGAGCACAAGCCCUCCGGAGUGGCCCUGAACCCGACAGUCUGCGGACUCAGCCCAGGCCUCCUCCCUCUCAAGCAGACAGCCGUACAGCAGCAGAUCAACCCGUUCACCAACCUUCCCCACACCCCUCGCUACUACGAGAUCCUGAAGAAGAGGCUGCAGCUGCCUGUGUGGGAGUACAAGGAACGCUUCAACGACAUCCUGGCACGCCACCAGAGCUUUGUGCUCGUCGGAGAGACGGGCUCCGGCAAGACCACGCAGAUCCCUCAGUGGUGCGUGGACAUGGUGAGGGGUUUGGGCGGCCCCAAGAAGGCGGUGGCCUGUACCCAGCCCAGGAGGGUGGCGGCCAUGAGUGUGGCCCAGCGGGUGGCAGACGAGAUGGAUAUCAUGCUGGGCCAGGAGGUGGGCUACUCCAUCCGAUUUGAGGACUGCAGCUCUGCCAAAACCCUCCUCAAGUACAUGACAGACGGCAUGUUGCUGCGCGAGGCCAUGAACGACCCUUUACUGGAGCGCUACGGUGUCAUCAUCCUGGACGAGGCCCACGAGAGAACGCUGGCCACAGACAUCCUCAUGGGCGUCCUCAAAGAAGUGGUCCGGCAGAGGUCCGACCUCAAGGUCAUUGUCAUGAGCGCUACGCUCGAUGCUGGCAAGUUCCAGGUGUACUUUGACAGCUGUCCACUACUGACCAUCCCAGGACGUACACAUCCCGUGGAGAUCUUCUACACACCAGAGCCUGAGAGGGACUACCUGGAAGCGGCCAUCCGCACCGUCAUCCAGAUACACAUGUGUGAGGAGGAGGAGGGAGACUGUCUUCUCUUCCUCACUGGACAAGAGGAAAUCGACGAGGCCUGCAAGCGCAUCAAGCGGGAAAUCGACGACCUGGGGCCCGAGGUGGGAGACAUCAAAAUCAUCCCGCUGUACUCGACGCUGCCGCCCCAGCAGCAGCAGAGGAUCUUCGAGCCGCCGCCGCCACGCAAGCCCAACGGAGCCAUCGGCAGGAAGGUCGUGGUGUCGACAAAUAUCGCUGAGACGUCCCUGACCAUUGACGGCGUGGUGUUCGUAAUUGAUCCUGGAUUUGCCAAGCAAAAGGUGUACAACCCCCGUAUCCGAGUGGAGUCCCUGCUGGUGACGGCCAUUAGCAAAGCCUCGGCCCAGCAGAGGGCGGGACGCGCUGGGAGGACACGGCCCGGGAAGUGCUUCCGCCUGUACACGGAGAAGGCCUACAAGACCGAGAUGCAGGACAACACCUAUCCUGAGAUCUUACGGUCUAACCUGGGCUCGGUUGUACUGCAGUUAAAAAAGCUGGGAAUUGACGACUUGGUACAUUUCGACUUCAUGGACCCACCAGCCCCGGAGACCCUGAUGCGGGCCCUGGAGCUACUGAAUUACCUGGCGGCGCUGAACGAUGACGGAGACCUGACGGAGCUGGGCUCCAUGAUGGCCGAGUUCCCCCUGGACCCCCAGCUGGCCAAGAUGGUGAUCGCCUCCUGCGAGUUCAACUGCUCCAACGAGAUCCUGUCCAUCACGGCCAUGCUGUCAGUCCCACAGUGUUUCGUUCGACCAACGGAGGCUAAGAAGGCAGCCGACGAGUCCAAGAUGAGGUUCGCCCACAUCGACGGAGACCACCUGACGCUCCUCAACGUCUACCACGCCUUCAAACAGAACCACGAGUCCACGCAGUGGUGCUACGACAACUUUGUGAACUACCGGUCGCUGAUGUCGGCCGACAACGUGCGCCAGCAGCUCUCCCGGAUCAUGGACCGCUUCAACCUGCCGCGCCGCAGCACCGAGUUCACCAGCAGAGACUACUACAUCAACAUCCGCAGGGCACUGGUCACGGGAUUCUUCAUGCAGGUGGCCCACCUGGAGCGUACAGGCCACUACCUGACCGUGAAGGACAACCAGGUGGUCCAACUGCACCCCUCCACCGUUCUGGACCACAAGCCGGAGUGGGUGAUGUACAAUGAGUUUGUGCUGACCACCAAGAACUAUAUCCGCACCUGCACCGACAUCAAACCCGAGUGGCUGGUGAAAAUCGCCCCGCAGUACUACGAGAUGGGCAACUUCCCCAACUGUGAAGCCAAGAGGCAGUUGGAGCGCAUCGUCGCUAAACUGUCCACCAAGGAAUACUCCCAAUACUGAAACUGAAAGUUUUACAUCAGAACUGUACUGUCACGGCCAGCACCAAGGAAUUCUGUCGUCUCUAACCGAGCACCCUUCAUUCUCUUCAGAAGCCUUGAAUUUUGUUAUUUGUUUUCAUCAUUUUAUAUUUUGUUUGAUCCCUACUUGGUUGUGAAUAACAGGUGGUUUAUCCAUGUGAUAUUGACCCAAUUACGGUCUAUGAAUGUUGAAGCGUGACCAUUUUCUGUUCCCUGAUGACUCCAACUGAAUACUUUCAGUGGUAUAUCGUUUGCUACAUACUUAGUCUGAGUGCUUCCAUUGAAGUUAGUGUCAUCAAAACGAGGGGGGGUGUUCGCAACAAAUUAUACAUCAAAUGGAUAUCUGUAACUAAUCAGUAUCUAUGAAAAUUAUGAAUUUUCAACAUAGCACAUUAUUCUGGUGUUUUAUGGUUCUGACUCAACAGAUCCUUUCCUGGGAUGAAUCAGAACGGUUAGAAUUUGUUUGCAUUCUUUAAAUCAUCUGAGUCAAAUGCGUUCGGAUAGUCAGAAGCCGUUUUACAUGUAUAGAUCUUGACAUUCCUCUUUAGAACGUGAUAACUUUUACUUAACUAUACUUGGGUAAAGACAGUCCGUGCUAAUUCGUUGAACAAAUUUAGUCUUCAGUUAUAGGAAAAAUACAUGUCAGCGUUGACAGUUCAGCACCCACUGUCUUGCUAGUACCGCUACCAGACUUUGGUAUUAGGGAUUAAGGACUCAGUAAGUUGAGAUGUCAGUGUAUUUUAUUGUGAUCGAACACAAGUGGUGCUCCCCUUCGGUGAACAAGUUUCAGGAAGACAUUCAGGAAUGUGGAUUGGUUCAGUUCCUUGUCAUCUGUUUAAACUACACAAAUAAACAAUGAAUAAAAAGGAUUUUAAAUAUA